AAAGCGAACCCGGGCCAGCGCAAGGAUCUCCGAGUUGCGAGUGUGCUGAGGCUGGGACUGUCACUCAUUCUCCGAUCAGCGCGUGAACGCAGCUCGGCAAGCCGCUGGCAGGAAACAAUUCUGCAAAAAUAAUCAUACUCAGCCUGGCAAUUGUCUGCCCCUAGGUCUGUGGCUCUGCCGCCGUCCACACUCUCUGCAAGGGGGGGGCACAGAAUUUACCGCGGCAAGAACGUCCCUCCCAGCCAGCAGAUUACAAUGCUGCAAACUAAGGAUCUCAUCUGGACUUUGUUUUUCCUGGGAACUGCAGUUUCUCUGCAGGUGGAUAUUGUCCCCAGCCAAGGGGAGAUCAGCGUUGGAGAAUCCAAAUUCUUCUUAUGCCAAGUGGCAGGAGAUGCCAAAGAUAAAGACAUCUCCUGGUUCUCCCCCAAUGGAGAAAAGCUCACCCCAAACCAGCAGCGGAUCUCCGUGGUGUGGAAUGAUGACUCUUCCUCCACACUCACCAUCUACAAUGCCAACAUUGACGAUGCCGGCAUCUACAAGUGUGUGGUCACUGGCGAGGAUGGCAGCGAGUCAGAGGCCACGGUCAACGUGAAGAUCUUCCAGAAGCUCAUGUUCAAGAAUGCACCAACCCCACAGGAGUUCAGGGAGGGGGAAGAUGCCGUGAUCGUGUGUGAUGUGGUCAGCUCCCUCCCCCCAACCAUCAUCUGGAAACACAAAGGCCGGGAUGUCAUCCUGAAAAAAGACGUCCGAUUCAUAGUCCUGUCCAACAACUACCUGCAGAUCCGGGGCAUCAAGAAAACAGAUGAGGGCACUUAUCGCUGCGAGGGCAGGAUCCUGGCACGGGGGGAGAUCAACUUCAAGGACAUUCAGGUCAUUGUGAAUGUGCCACCCACCGUCCAGGCCAGGCAGAGCAUAGUGAAUGCCACCGCCAACCUCGGCCAGUCCGUCACCCUGAUAUGCGAUGCUGAAGGCUUCCCAGAGCCCACCAUGAGCUGGACAAAGGACGGGGAACAGAUAGAGAAUGAAGAAGAUGACAAAUACGUCUUCAGCGAUGACAGUUCUGAGCUGACCAUCAGGAAGGUGGAUAAGAACGACGAGGCCGAGUACGUGUGCAUCGCCGAGAACAAGGCUGGAGAGCAGGAUGCAUCCAUCCACCUCAAAGUCUUUGCAAAACCCAAAAUCACUUAUGUAGAGAACCAGACUGCCAUGGAACUAGAGGAACAAGUCACUCUUACCUGUGAAGCCUCGGGAGACCCCAUUCCCUCUAUCACCUGGAGGACUUCUACCCGAAACAUCAGCAGCGAAGAAAAGGCUUCGUGGACUCGACCGGAGAAGCAGGAGACUCUGGAUGGGCACAUGGUGGUGCGCAGCCAUGCCCGCGUGUCGUCUCUGACCCUGAAGAGCAUCCAGUACACAGACGCCGGAGAAUACAUCUGCACUGCCAGCAACACCAUCGGCCAGGACUCCCAGUCCAUGUACCUCGAAGUGCAAUACGCCCCGAAGCUGCAGGGCCCUGUGGCUGUCUACACGUGGGAGGGGAACCAGGUGAACAUCACGUGCGAGGUAUUUGCCUACCCCAGCGCCACAAUUUCAUGGUUCCGGGAUGGCCAGCUGCUGCCAAGCUCCAAUUACAGCAAUAUCAAGAUCUACAACACCCCCUCCGCCAGCUACCUGGAGGUGACCCCAGACUCUGAAAAUGACUUCGGAAAUUACAACUGUACUGCAGUGAACCGCAUUGGACAGGAGUCUUUGGAAUUCAUCCUUGUCCAAGCAGACACCCCAUCUUCACCGUCCAUCGACCAGGUGGAGCCGUACUCUAGCACAGCACAGGUGCAGUUUGAUGAACCAGAGGCCACAGGUGGUGUGCCCAUCCUCAAAUACAAGGCCGAGUGGAGAGCAGUGGGUGAAGAAGUGUGGCAUUUCAAGUGGUAUGAUGCCAAGGAGGCCAACAUGGAGGGCAUUGUCACCAUCGUGGGCCUGAAGCCGGAGACGACGUACGCGGUGCGGCUGGCGGCCCUCAACGGCAAGGGGCUGGGGGAGAUCAGCACAGCCUCUGAGUUCAAGACGCAGCCAGUCCACAGCCCUCUUCCACCGGCUCCUACUAGCUCCUCCACCCCCGCUCCAUUGUCUCAUCCCAAUACAACCUGGCCUCUUCCUGCCCUCCCAACCACCGAACCGUCUAAAGGGGAACCCAGUGCACCUAAACUCGAAGGGCAGAUGGGAGAGGAUGGAAACUCUAUUAAGGUGAAUCUGAUCAAACAGGAUGACGGCGGCUCCCCCAUCAGGCACUACCUGGUCAAGUACCGAGCGCUCUCCUCGGAGUGGAAACCGGAGAUCCGGCUCCCAUCCGGCAGUGACCACGUCAUGCUCAAGUCCCUGGACUGGAAUGCUGAAUAUGAAGUCUACGUGGUGGCUGAGAACCAGCAGGGAAAGUCCAAGGCGGCUCAUUUUGUGUUCAGGACCUCGGCCCAGCCCACGGCCAUCCCAGCCAACGGCAGCCCUACAUCAGGCCUGAGCACUGGGGCCAUUGUGGGCAUCCUCAUCGUCAUCUUUGUCCUGCUACUGGUGGUGGUGGACAUCACCUGCUACUUCCUGAACAAGUGCGGGCUGCUCAUGUGCAUUGCCGUCAACCUGUGCGGAAAGGCUGGGCCCGGAGCCAAGGGCAAGGACAUGGAGGAGGGCAAAGCCGCCUUCUCGAAAGAUGAGUCCAAGGAACCCAUUGUGGAAGUGCGGACCGAGGAGGAGCGGACCCCAAACCACGAUGGAGGGAAACACACGGAGCCAACGAGACCACCCCCGCUGACGGAGCCCGAGAAGGGCCCCGUAGAAGCAAAGUCGGAGAGCCAGGAGACAGAAACGAAACCAGCGCCAGCCGAAGUCAAGACGGUCCCCAAUGCCACACAGACAAAGGAGAACGAGAGCAAAGCAUGAUGGGUGACAAGAAUGAGCAGAUCAAGUAAAAAGUGACACCAUAGUUUCACCAGAGCAUUUCCAAUAUCACACACACACACACACACGCGCACACACACACACACACACACACACCUCAUUCACUAGUGUCUUUUGCCUUUAAAAAAAAAAAGUAAACAGAUAACAGGGGAUCUCCUUUUUGUAGGUUUAUAGAAAGGGUUCCUUUGCUGCGCACAUCACUUGUAAGAAAAUGAGACAAAAAGGUUAAACCCACAGCCAAACUAGGACACUCCGUUCCCUGAAACCAUUUAAAAACCAAACAAAAGGACCCCAAAUUAAGAAUCUAGGAAGCUCAGAAAGAAAAAAAAAAUCUAGGUUCAGGAAGACCGCACUUGGUGUUGCCCAAUUGGCACAGACCAGUUUCAGAGAAGUGCUUCCAGGCACUAAGACUAACGAAUGAACAAAGUCCAGUUUAUUUUUAUACUUUGAGUCGAGUUUGAACUCUGUAAAACCCCAUAAAUAAGUUUAUAAUUUCUGUUCACUUUGUAUUUGUUCAGUAUGCAAAAGUGUGUCACCCUUUCUAGCUGAAUUCAAUCCCCACGUAGACUCUCGUUUUGUAGGAAGAAGGCCAAAUUGCAGCUUCUGGGGGCAGAUCUCAGUUUGCAAUAUUCGAAUUUCUUUCUCCUUCCUUUUCUCUCUCUCUCAUUUUUUUUUUUUCUUUCUGCCAUCUUUGUUUUCCAGUGUUACAAGGUUGACAACUGUCUGACUUUGGUUGUGUUUAAAUGUCCAUGUAAAAUAGCUGUUUUUUUUUUGUUUUGUUUGGUUUUUUUUUUUAAGUUACAAAUACUGCCUAGAGGCGGGUAGAGUCAUCACAGGCUUGUUUUCGCACAGGACAACUUUACAAACUAUGAUUGUUUACAGUGGCUCUCCUCCCCCACCCCCACCACCCCCAUUCUGAUUUGAAAUUUUUGCCUGUGUGCGACUCAGGUGAAAAUCCAUCUCGUUCUGGAGUGGUUUUGCUUUUUUUUUUUUUUCUUUGGCCCUUCAAUUCUUUUGUAUUUCCUUGGGGGUUAGACCACUUUCUGAUUAGCCACCACCUGCCUGUAUCUGUGAAAAAGAGUCGGCCCCCCCUAGGCAUCUGCAUCCCUUCCUUUUGAAGGACUCCUUAGGCUUUGUUGAAUGAAGCAGAGAAGAUUGUAUAGUUGGGGCUGGUCUUGGUGAACACACAUUUUUACCCCAACAUCCCCUUUUUGUAGAAAGCCCAAAUAAAAUAUAUACAUACAAUUUUCCUUUUGAGCCCAGAAUCUAGAUUUGAGCGGUAAGAGCUGUGUGCUUCAGGGAAUUAGUGUCUUUUUUUUGAAAUCUGUUGAAGUAAAGUAACAUCGGCCUUCUGUCACUUAGGCAGCAUUUAUAGAACAAAAGAAAAAAAAAAAGCCAACUGCUGUCUGGAGUCAUAACACAACUUUCCUGGAUCGGAAACCAAGUGGGGAAAAAAAAAAUACAGAAACUUUAAGGGGGAUGGGAGGGGGGGAG